AUGGUAAUACAUGGUGGAAUAGACGGCUAUACACGAAUACCAGUCUAUUUAAAGUGCCACACAAAUAAUCGUGCUGAAACAGUCUUGGAUUGUUUAAUUGGUGCUGCAUGUGAACGAGCACUUGGAGAGUUGGAGGCAAGGUUAUUUACAAUAUAGAAUUAGGACUGCUGGAAACAGAAGCCUUAUGCAACUUUAUAUUCUUGGUCUGCUCCAGUAUAGGGGUUCCCAACAUGUUGCCAUUGACAAUUUGUACCAGCCAACUACAUUGGUAAGGUUUGAUGUAAACAACAUACAUUUAAGUAUAUGUGAAUGCCUUUCGCUUGUUGUUUCACAUAAUACCUCAAGAAAUGGAAAAACAAAGCCAAACUUUCAUCACUUGUAAAAUUGUAUUAAAAUUAAUAUGUUACUUUUCCUUACAUAGGAGGAGUUUGAACAAUAUGGAAUUGACUGGGACGGUCCUCUUACAGCAGAGAUUGAUGUCGAUACAGUAGAAGUGCCUGAAACACAUUGCCCAUUAUCCGAAGAACAUUAUGAAGAACUUAUUGCCUCAAUAGAUCCAAUACGAGAAAGUAACUCCUAUGCCAUUGAUAUUUAUUUAGAGACAAUCGAAUUUGUCAAUACCCACUUGCAACAAUAA